UUACCGAUGAUAACCGAUGUUUUAAGCUUUUUCCUCCCCUCAGUCUUCUCGUUAUUUCUUUUCAGAAUAAUGUCUGAAGUAAACACGUCAAACAAAACUCCCUGGAAGUUAAAGCGUUACGGGAGAUUUUUACCAAAAGCCGCGAAUGUCGGGGGGAACUCUUCAUGGAAGGUGUUCGAGUCCAGUGAAAGCAAAGGCACGUUGGAGAUGACGGUCCUGGAAUCCGGUCAUCUGCUCAUCUCACAGGGUCAGGAGCUGUUGGAAGGCUUCUCUCUCCUGAACGCUCAGAGCUUUCUAAAAAUCCAGCAGAAAUCAGACAGCCUGCUGUUCUACUUCACACUGAAGGAAGAGAGUCGUAUGAUACGGGUGCAGUUUGAGGGCAGCAGCAGGACUGAAGCUGUAGAUUUAUGCAGGAAGGCGGUCGAGAGAUUGAAGGAAUAUCUGCCUGUAGGCACCCAGGAGCAGCCCGGCACUUCAUCUUCCACUCACACCACUGGAAUGUCUAACCAGCAACAGCAGGCUCCUGGAGCGGCACCGCAGGUGAUCCAUGACGUUAUCCAGGAAACUCUGUCCAUCAAGCAGCUUUCUCAGUAUUUUCUGGGCAUGAGUGGACUGUCCCUGCCUUUGGCAUAUCAUCAUUGCGCUGUCCCUACUGGUGAUAUGGAUGGUCUGUUGCGCCUGUGUUUGCUCGACUCUGGCUUCCCUGGCUUUGUAGAAGAUGUGGAGAAGAAGCUCAAAGCCUUGAUUUAAGAAUAAGAGAGUGAUGCAGCAACGCUUCAUUGGCCCGUCCAGCUUUCUCGCCUCUUCAUCUGUACAUUCUGCUCAAAUAAAUCAGGUUCCCAUGGUUCAGCUUUAAUCUUAAUAUCAUCUCAGUGUCAUCGCCAUGUCUUAGAUCGCUAACUAACCAAGCCGAGUCGCCUUUACUAAUAGAAUGGCUGCAUUGCAUUUUGGGACUAACAUUUUGAAACCAGUAUUAGGAAUUAUGUUGUACACUUUAAUCUAUCAGGCGAUUAAAUCAAUCAUUUGUUGGUCGGUUUAAUUUAUCGAGUCCUUGUUUCAGUUUUUGUUUAAGAAACAAUUU